CCCGCGCCGUUUUGCCUCAUUCCGUCCCUCUUGCCGCUCAGUGAUUAGUUCGUUCAUUCGCUUCAAUUCGUUCGCUGCAACAUUCAGUCGUUCGCUCGUCGCUGCCGCGCUUAAACACUGCACGCGUCUUCUCGCUAUGUACCAGCAAACCAACAACACAUAACCCUUCCAAAAUGAAGCCUAAUAAGUUAUAACGUUUCUUUCAAAACCCCCAUUUAAUAUUUUUAAUCGAAUAUAGUUUAUUGUGAUAUUUAGAUAGUUCUUAGUAAGUAUUUAUCGUUAUUAUAUACCAUACAAUAUGGUUUUGAAUUAUUUUAUUUAGUUUCUUUUUUCAAAUAAAAUAAAAUCAGUGCUCAAGAUAAUCUCAUUCCAAAAACCCAGUAACGUAAUAUUCAACCAAAAAUAUAAAAUAUAACAACUGCGAUGACCGCGAAAACUCGAUCACAUUGGAAGGAAUAUGGAACCGCGCUAUGUGCAACACUCAUCACCGCAACAGCGGGUACCUGCUACGGUUGGCCAUCGCCGACGCUGCCGUACCUCCAGUCUCCUGAAAGCUCAAUACCCACUUCCGCAGACCAGGGAUCAUGGAUAGUCUCAAUCAUGAUCCUGUGCUCAGCGCUCACACCAGUCCCGUCCGCUUACCUCGCGGACAGGUUCGGAAGAAAAACCACCCUACUCCUCGGCGCGAUACCCUUCAUACUUGGCUGGGUGCUCGUGAUUGUAGCCAAGUCUGUCGCCUUGUUGUACGUCGCCAGAAUGUUCUCCGGGCUUGGCUACGGCAUCGUGUACACUGUAGCCCCCAUGUAUACGGGGGAAAUCGCCACGAACGAAGUGCGGGGCGCUCUCUCCACGCUUAUCACUCUCAUGAAUAAAGUCGGAAUUCUUGCCCAGUACUGCAUCGGACCUUUCGUCACGAUGCGCACCCUUGCCGGCAUCAACUUGAUCCUGCCUUUAACUUUCAUAAUCACUUUUCUGUUUCUCCCUGAGUCGCCUUAUUAUUACCUGAAAUUCGAACGCAGCGAAAGAGCCGAACGUUCCUUAAGGAACUUGCGUUCUGGUGAUAUUAGAACAGAGCUUAAAAACAUUGAAAUAAACGUUCAAGAGGACAUGAAAAACAGAGGCACUUGGAGCGAUCUCGUCACGGAAGCCACGAAUAGAAAAGCUAUGUGGAUUUGUCUGGGUAUAUUUACUAUACAACAGCUGUGCGGCAGUGCCGCUGUGGUAGCUUACGCCCAAGUGAUAUUCAACUGCACGACUCAGGGAACGCUGGCUGCCAAUGCUACUGCAGAAGUUAGUGCGUCGAUAGAACCUUAUCAAGAAUCUAUAAUACUGGGAUGUGUGCAAGUGGCUACUUGUGUGCUCUCUGUGAUAUUGGUAGAUAGAGUUGGAAGGAAGCCCCUUUUGCUUCUGUCAGCUAUCGGAGUCGGGCUGAUGAACGGAACGAUCGGAACGUACUUCUUCUUCGACAUCACGUACAAGGGGUCAGUGUCGAACUUAGGCUGGCUGCCCCUGAUGGCGUUGCUGGUCUACAUCGUGUGCUACGCCAUCGGUUUGUCCACUGUGCCGUACGUCAUCAUCGGUGAGAUGUUCCCGACAAACGUUAAGCUGUAUGCCUCUUGCAUAGCACACAUCUACACCGGCAUCUCUAUGUUCGCAGUUCAAAAGCUCUUCCAGGUGGUGAAAGAUGCAUACGAAAUUUAUACAGUAUUUUGGGGGUUCGCAGCGUUCUCUUUUAUGGGUCUGGUGUUCAUGAUAUUAGUGCUACCAGAAACUAAGGGCAAGUCCUUUGCCUGUAUCCAGGCCCAUUUAAAACGCGAAGUGGCCAGAGACAACGCCAAGAAACUCACCACCGUCGAGUACUGAACUGAACCCUCGACAAAUUCCUUCUCACUAUUUAAGGCUAAGACUAAGCUAAUUUUUAUUUAAGGGAUCAAGUUGAAAACUUACGAUUUUGUUACUUAAAUUUUAAUGUUAGUUAGACUUACAGUUUUAUAUACAAGUAUUGUGUGAUAUUUACACGGUUGUCAGUGUAAUAUCGUGUAGAUGAGUAGUGGAGAAAGAAUUGCCGGGGUCAUGUUUGAUGCCGAAGAGAAAGCUGUGAAAUCCUCGGGGUCGUAGUUUUCUGGCAAACGGCGAGUUGCAACCACGCCCGAGUACAGUUUGGCUGAGUACUUGGGCGACCUAGUCUUGUUCGGACUGUCGAAAUCCACCAGAUAUAGACCGAAGCGGGACACGUAUCCGUCGUCCCAUUCGAAGUUGUCCAUGAGACUCCAGGCGAAAUAACCCUGGACGUUGGCGUGAUCUUCGUGGAUGGAGUGAAGGAGAGCGUUCAAGUAGUGGCUGUAGUAGGAGACCCUGGCGUGGUCGGCGACGCCGCUGAAGUCAGCGUAACCAUUCUCGGUCACAAUGAUGGGGACAUUGUUAUAGUUCUUCGUUAUGUAGUUGAGUAGACGACGGAAGCCGAAUGGCACCACCUUCAACCACGACGAAGAAGAUCUCGAAGGCCAACUGGAAUCUUGAAUCCUCACGAUGCCAACGUCAUUUUCGUGAGAAGGUAUGGCGCCCACUUCUUUGUCCGCCAUACUGAGCAGAUAAGUCGUGUAAUGGUUCAGUCCAAAGAAAUCUGCCGUCCCUUUAAUGUACUGCACUUCGGCCUCACUAAAUACUGGCAAGCGAGAUCUUGUGUAGUUCUGUUUGCGACUUUUUUCAUUGACCAGUCUUAUUAGUUCUGGAGGAUAGUUGCCUUCGCUGGAGUAAACCGGGUGAGCAUACCAACCCAUAUGUGUUUUUAAAUACAAGUCAGCGGCUUCCUUAUCUCGCGAUGAAUUCGUUUUUGGCUCAGCCCAAUUAGAAUCUAAAGACAUUCCAAUUUUUCCUCCAUUCAAACUACGAUAUGUGUCAUUGAACAGAUGGUAGGCACCCGCGUGCGCUUUCAACAGAUUAUGGGUGCAAAGGUAUUCAGCUACGCCGUGCCUAUUCAGUGCUGGGGCUCUGUAAGUGCCUCCGUAGCCUUCCAAACAGGUCUGCAUCGGUUCAUUAAACGUGACCCAAUACUUCACUCUGCUGCCAAAGUUUUGGAACAAUACAUUAGCGUAGUCGAUGUAAUAGUCCACUAUGUGCCCGUUUGUCCAUCCACCAAGAUCUUGUAGUUUUUGAGGGAGAUCCCAGUGGUACAUAGUGACCAUAGGAGUGAUGUUGUACUUGAGUAAUUCAUCUAUUAAGUUACUGUAGUACUGUAUGCCUUUAGGAUUGAUCACGUUGGUGCGACCAGUGGGAAGCACCCUCGGCCAGGAUAUGGAAAACCGGUAGAUGUCAACUCCGAGCUCACGGACCAUUUCAACGUCCCUCUUGUACAGAUGAUACGAGUCUGCGGCUACGUCGGCGUUGGAACCAUCCCUGACGAAACUUUGAUUGUUGUGUAUAAGGUAAUCCCAAAUGCUUUCGGAUUUGCCAUCCACAUUCCAGGCUCCUUCAAUUUGCACAGCUGCCGUGGACACGCCAAACAAGAAGUCCUUAGGGAACGUGCCGUUACUCUUUGGACCUCCAGCUAAAUCUAAGGUGGCAUUUCCGCCACAAAUUAAAAUAAAGAAAAAUAAACAUUUGUAUUCCAUUUUGAAAUUAUCACUUUUUUAAAGUAUAAUAAUACUAUUAAUUAAUUAAA